AUGACCUCCCUACCACCCUCACAGUGUUGCGCUGGUGGCUCGCUGCACGGGGGUCAGAGCAAAGGCGAGAUCACGUCUAUCGGGAACAGCAUAUCUUUCCUACCCCCGGACAAAGAAACUGGCAAUGCAAUCUUAUUCUUGUCUGAUAUAUUUGGGCUCGAACUUGUGAACUCCCAGUUAAUUGCAGACCAAUACGCAGCCAAUGGGUAUUUCGUCGUCAUGCCGGAUCUCUUCAAGGGGGACCCGGUCCCCGUGGACCACCCAGAAAGCUUCAGCGUCAUGGACUGGCUUCAAGGUCACCUCCCUCAACACACUGAUCCAAUUAUCAAUGAAGUGCUAAAGGAGAUGCGAGACUCCUUUGGCUGCGAGUGGGUUGGAGGCGUGGGCUACUGUUAUGGAGGGAAGUUUGUCUGCCGCUAUUUACGUGCAGGCCAGAUUGAUGUCGGUUUCAUUGCCCAUCCAACGUUUAUUGAGCCGGAUGAGUUGAAGGCAAUUCAAGGUCCAUUGAGUAUUGCGGCGGCCGCCAAUGACUACCUUUUUCCGCCUGGGAAACGUCAUGAAAGCGAAGAAAUUCUGGCCACAUUGGAUGUGCCUUAUCAGCUGAGCAUCUUCUCGGAGGUGGAGCACGGUUUCGCGGUUCGCUGUGAUAUGAACAAGAGCCGGCACAAAUUCGCCAAAGAACAAGCCUUCAGCCAAGCGGUGGCAUGGCUGAACCAUUACCUCAGUAAAUGA